AUGGCGGACGUAGAAGCUCUGUGCAAUGAGCUCUCAGAGCAAGUUAAAGCGCUGCGCGGCGGUUCCGAGGCCGCGAGAAGACGAGCCACCGCAGCCGCAAGGCGGAUCAUAACGGAGAUCAGCGACCCGGAAGAGAUGAUCGAGCAGCAGUCGAUUGUGCUAGCCGAGAUGGCCUGUAUCCGGAUGUACAUAGCCUGGGGGUUCUUCGACAAGAUCCCCGCCGAGGGUUCCGUGUCGUACGCCGAGCUCGCAUCGUCCAUCAACGCCAGCGAGUCGCUCGUGCGCCGCAUGGGCCAGAUGCUCGUGGCGACGGGGAUGCUGAAGCGGCCGCAGCCGGACCACGUGGCGCUCUCGCGGCUCGCGCCGACCUUCAAGACGGACACGUUCGACGGCUGCCACUUCACCAUGAUGACGGACGAGUUCCAGCCCGCGUACCAGGCCUUCCCGGGCUUCUUCGAGAAAUACGGCGCCCAGGUGCCCGAGGGCGAGACCAAGGUCCCGUUCUGCUUCCCCGACGGCGUCGACGGCAAGUUGACGUACUGGGAGCUGAUCGCGAAGCGUGGGGAGGGCAACGUCGAUCGGUUUGGGCGCGCCAUGCAGGGGCUCCAGACCCACGCGUGGCCGUACACUGGAAUCUACGACUUUAGCUGGAUCGCGGAGUACGCGCAGACGAAUUCUGAGAGGCCGCUGCUGCUGGACAUUGGAGGCGGGCAGGGCCAGAUGAUACGCGCGGUACUGGAGGAGACGCCUGCCAUCCCGCGGAACAGGUGCUACCUCCAAGACCGACCCGAAGUCAUCGGGCCCGUGAAGGAGUCGUCCGCCAACGACCCCGUCAUGAAGGACGUGCAGAAGUUGGUGGUCAACUUCCACAAGGAACAGCCGGUCAAGGGUAUGUACACCAAGAACAAAAUCCGAUAUGCCUGCGCUCUCGUGUACCUCAUCCGCCGCUGCAUCCACGACUACACAGACGAGGACAGCGUCAAGGUCCUCACGAUCCUGGCCAACGCGCUGCCGGCGGACGAACCGCGCGCACGCGUCCUCAUCAACGACCAGAUCAACACCGAGGACCCAACGCCCUUCGUAGCCGCCUACGACUUGCUGAUGCUGACCAUAGCGUCCAUGGAGCGGUCGGAGAAGCAGUUUGCGGACCUUGCGGCGCGGGCGGGACUGGAGGUCGUCAAGGUCCACAUGAAGGAGGGGACUAUGUGCGGUGUCGUCGAGUGCAAGAAGGCUGGUGUUUGA